UACAAGCUUCUUUUCAAGGGUUGGGUUUUAUUUAGUAGUGCAGUCAAACAUUGCAACAAAUGGAACCAAGUGAAACAUACCUGCCAUAAAGGAAGGAAGAGAUGGCAUGAUGUAUUUCACACGACACACUUGCGUCCUCCACAAAGGUCACAGCUCUCACAGAUCUGAAGGGCUCAAAGCUUCCAGGAAGUACAUACAGAAAAACUCGUCUGCUGUGGGGAGCAUCGGCUCAGAAGCGCAUGGGAUGCCACGGGCAACAGGCCGCUCCACUGCAUCAUGAUCAACACCUACCAGACCAGCAUGGCGCUGCCGCAGGUGCCUCCGCCGGUGCCCCCGCGGCUCGGCAGGCCCGAGCCGAUCCUCAUCCCGACUCAGCUUACAUCGCCAGGCUACAGCAAGCCACUUCUGCGAUUUUUGGUUUGUGUGGUGACCCUGCACUUGUUUCUGUCUGUCGGAGGAUUUCUAUACCUGUACUACAAUGAAAGACAAAUUGCACAUGCAACCUACUCCUCACCACAAGGAAGAGUUGGUUUUCCCCCCGUAGAAAAACAAGAAACAACCUACAGAGCCUUUGCACGCAUGUUGAUUGGAAAGCCAAAUGCUACAAUUGAGAAAAAAUCUGGUUAUCUUGAGUGGAGAAUGGACCUCUCAGUUCGCAAGAACAUCAACUACUUUCACAAAAGCUGGCUGACUGUCCUGGAGCCCGGUGACUACCUCGUCUACUCCAGGGUGACCUUCUCCAAGCACAGCAUCGCCCCGCUGACCGGCUGCAUCAAGCUGAGGAACAACGAGAUGGCAGAGCAGAAGGAGGUGACUAAGGCCCACUGCAGCCUGAGCGACAAGGACGGUUCGAACCCUCAGCUGUGCACAGUUACGCUGCAGGACGUGAUCACACUGAGUAAGGGAAACCAGCUCGCCAUCUGGGUGGAAAACCUCUCGCUUGUGGACUACGGAAAGCAAUCGACGAGUUUUGGGAUGUAUAAGCUGUAGGAGCCACAUGGACCGGGACUCCAAAACAGGAAUCUGUGACUGUGGAUGGAAUAUAGAUACUAAGGAGACUCUGUAGGAGUUAAUCAACAAACUUUUGUGGAAUUGAGAGACAUUUCCAAACUAUAAUUUAUUAAAUAACAUUGUCUAUUUCUUUGUUAUUGUCAGUGAUUGCUUUGUAUUUAUUUAUAUAAAUUGGACUAUAUGUAAAAUAACUUUUAUAUUUAAUCUGAAUGAUCUAGUCUGUUUUUUUUGGGGUGGGGGGGGCGAGGGAAUUACACAUUUCAAGAAUUAGCGCUUACAUUUUUAUUGUCCAGCAGCUCUUUAUGGGCAUUGACAAAAAAAACUUAAAAGUUUAGAAAAACAGCACUUUUUAAAUGUGAUAAAGAACAGAAACUGCUCUGAACCACUGUGGUUUUAAUUUUCUAGGGCACACAGCAACAACUACUGAUGCACCUUCUCGCGGUGGCAAAGAUAGACACUUGACUCGUAAAUUAACUUUAGAAAUCUGAUGAGACCAACUUUUUCUCUCAUCAGUUAUCCUUUUUGUAAUUUAACCUUCUAAAUCAAAUCAAUGUAUCUUAUUUCAGAAUUCAAAAGUAGCACAAGUAGUUUUACAAAGUUCAUGCAGAGGACGUGAGGGGUCUGAAGCAGAGCCAGGACAAACAGUAAGGACAAAUCCAACGACCCUUUCAGCUCCCCUCACCUUCCUCUGCAGGGCUGCCAUGUUGCAUCAUUAUCCUGAAAGGUUUAACCUCUUAAUUCAGAGCGUUUGUUUUUUUUUUUAAAUACAGGGCUCUCUGGGUAGGGUGACCCAGAUUUUGAGGAAAACCUGAACAUCUGACAUCUAUUUUUAGUUUUUUAAGUUAUGCAAGCAGUGCUUCAAAUAUGUUUAUUGCUUUUUUCCAAUGUCGAUUUGGCAAGGUGUAGUAAAGAGAUUUUUCACUGUUUAAAAAAAAAACUGGAGAAUGAAUUUAUUUCUAGACUGAUUUUUUCUACACUGCGCAGAGAUUUUUUAAAAGCUAUUUUAUUCUGCAUGUGAAAACACACCAAAGCUCGUUACAUUUUUCAGGUUCCAAAGAAACUGUUCGCCCAGGGAGGCGAAAAUGGAGAUGAAAAAAUCUAUACCAUCCAUCUUGAGUCGUGACACUCAUACCAGGCUCGCCUGGGCCUUUUUGUGUUCCUAAAUUAGCUUCACUCUGCUUCUUCAUGACUGUAAUGUUUCCUUUUUAGCUCAUAAGUACACCUGCAGUACUUGAUGAGUAAUUCAAAACUCCAGAGAGUAUAGGUUGGCAAAUAAAACGUGCUUUGUACAUGGAGUAUAACAGUACGGAAAGUGUGAAUCUCUAUGGAGGUGUGCAGACGCAGCCUACUCUUACAGCAUGUCACUCCUUCCACCAUGCAAAGGGUUUCCUGAGAGCGAAGCUGAACAACCUACAAAUUCCUGCGCUGCACAUGUGAUGAACGCGGGGUGGAAAAGCCUGCCUGCCAUCUGUGGAUUUCCAGCAUGAAUGUAGAAAACUUAUUUCCAUUGCUGUCAUGGUUACAAACUGAUUUUCAAUCCAGAACUCCACUUGUUAUAUUAAACUUUUAAUAAAAGAGCAAUCAAACCAAACAUACAGUACAGAAUGUCUAGAAAAAAAGGAUAAAAUACUUGCAACAAUAAUUGCAUAGAACAAGCUUUAAAAAACAAACAAAAAAAACAUAAACACAGUGGCGUGGAAAUCAGGUGAACUUCUUCCCACCAGUAAGUGCUCACAGAAGCUAUUGGGAAUUUCGAAUUACAGUGUGUGGUGCUUAAUGGAAACAGUCGUUUUGAGGGGAGGUUGCAUCUCUGCAACAUUAUUAGAUCACCUAGUCUGGCUGGUGAGACGAGAUGUGCCUUUGAGCCUGAAAGUUACACCUUUGCAGACGAACCAGCUGCAUCAAAUGCUACACAGUGCUGAGAAGUUUCUGAAUAGAGGUGCGUGCAAAAA